GGCGCGAGCAUGGAAAUAUGAUUUCAUUUGACAGCGCAAAACGAGAAGCAUUUCGGAUCCAAGCAGACGGAAGGAAUGAGUGUAGCGCUGUGAUGGCAGCUGUGAGGGCCGCUGUGGGGGGGGGGUGGCCCCCCGGGCUGACCCUGCUGGCCCUGCUUCAGCUGACCUGCUGCUCCGUGCUCUCCAGACCGGCUCCAGCAGUGCUGCUGGACGGCCAGGCCGCGUCCUCCUUCCUGUCCCGCUCUCUGCUCUAUAACAGCUGGGACUUUGAGAUAGUGGUGUCUGACAAUCUGGAGCGGGAGUGUGUGGAGGAGCAGUGCAGCUAUGAGGAGGCCAGGGAGGUGUUUGAGGACGACACCCAGACGGGAAUAUUUUGGAAGAGCUAUGUCGACAGCCAAGCGAAUGCUCCCAGAGUGGAUGUGUCAGGGCUGGUGGCCGGGAUCCUGGCCGUCCUGGUGUCUGCUGUUUUUGCCACUGUGCUGGGCAUCUACUGCUACAAAGCCAAGAACAAAAGAGGACGAAGAGCUCCAGUGAGGAUGGCAGCAGACGGCCGUCCGGCCCCAGAGACCGUGCCUCUGGCUGGGAUCAUGGUCCCAGGUUUACCCAGCUACAAUGAGGCUCUGAUCCGCAUUGGGCAACAUGAUGCCCCCCCACCACCUUAUUCAGGGGGCGCGCCCUCAGAACCCGCUGAUCCCGGGGACGGAGAGAGAGCGGUCUGAGCCUCUGCUGGAGCUGUGGUGGGCACCGGGGGUUUGAGUCAACUACUUACUGUAUUUAUAAGUAAAGUUAGGACCGAAAGGACGCUACUGACAGAAUGAUGAACAAAGCGUAUACUACACUUGGGUGCGGUUCAUUUUUGUGGUUUCACUGUACACCAAACUGUGUUGUGUUUGUAAGGUAUUUCUAAACGAAGCAACAAAAGACGAGAAUCUUUUCAUAGGGAGAAUUGUUUUUUCCAAGAAAACUGAGCAUGUUUUAUGUAAUAAAUUAAACAACAAUUACACAUGC